GGUAAUGAGUACCUGAACGAGCCUCACUGUCAUGCAGGCUAAUUUCUGUAUGGAUUUCACUUCAAUGUAUUUCGAUGGGACCAGAUAAGUCCAGUGACACACACCAUCCGCGACUUCCAGCGCCGAAGAACCAAUUUACAAACAACAUUAUUCCAUUCUCGACAUAUCUUACCGACGAAGAGAAUUGCUUGUUGCCUCCAUGGCUUUCUUCUCACACCGUGAUGGCUACAAGCCGGCUUCUAUUCGAUCAGCCUACAUGAUCGCCUUGGUUUUCCUGAACGUACUGUUCGUCUCCCUGGCUGGCUUAUCACUCCACGCAAAGGGAGGUACAAGCAUCAACGAGACUCUGACGGCCGACUGCCCGGAUUGUUUAGGGGCUCCUCCGCCCUCAAGCUGGACUAACUUCCUCAAUAUCACCACGGGCGAGUACUUCUUGGGGACAUAUCUAGCUCCAAUCACCGCUGUUCUUUACCGGGUCCUCUGGUCAAGCCUGCACCGCAAUCUUCUGCUUGCCACUCCGUAUCGGCAUCUAUUACGUCCAGAGGGUGCAUCCGCUGCAGAAACUGUCUGCUUCGAACCAAAUGGGUGGGCCGGUAUCUUUGGAAGUCUAAAGCAUGGCAAAAAGUCUGCAUUAGCAAUCAUCGCGGCGAUUCUGACCCUGCUCACCACACUCGCCGUCCCCAUCUCAUCCGAAGCCGUCACCUUCAAGGUCAGGGCCGAUGUCAAGGGCGGGUGCUCUGCUAGUGAGCACAACGGCGACGAAUGCACCCCAUCUUUAGCAUUCAACAAGACCCUUCUUGGAGUGCUUCUAGGGAUAGCCGUCUUGGAUGCAGCUUUUUUGACCGUCCUGGCAUGGUCAGCCAGAAGGCUAAAGUCAGUUCUCUCGCGCGACCCUAGCAGUAUUGCAGCAGUGGCUUCGCUUAUGGGCCACCCCACUGUCUCAGCAGCGCUAAAAGGCAUCCCGGGCAAUGCCACAUCCAAAACAAUCAGAGACACCCUGAGGGGCACCACAUGGAGACUUGCUGCAUCACCAUCAUCCUCGAGUUUACAGUUGAUUGUCACUCAGGGUCUGCCCGCGAUCGAGCUACAGGAAAUUGAGCAAGCAGACUCGAUCGAAUUCAAAUACAACCCUGACAUUCCAUAUUCACCAACGUCCCAGACUGAGUCUCAAAUGACCGAACUACCAGACAAUUCGGCCAAAAUGAACCGCAAGCGAUGGACCCGACGGACUCUGAUCCUGGGCCUUUUUGUCAUUCUCGCCGCUGUAUUCAGCGUGGUCGCAUACUACCGAUGGACGAGAGAUCUCCAGACUGGGCUUGAGCAUUUCAUGGACAGUCAGAGACGUGGGGUGCGGUUUCUAUGGACAACGAUCGGGCUGGGAAUCUCAGCUGGCUGGUCAGUGAUUGAAUAUGAGGCACGGCAGCAAGAGCCAUACCAGCGACUGUUGCGAGGACCGACAGCAGGACGCGAUUCGAUCAUGAUGACUACGACAACGCUGCCGGUGACGGCAUUGCCCACAAAUUUAGUCCGUCGCCAUUGGUUCCUUGCCUGUAUGUCACUCAACGCAGUUCUGGGCGACGUGAUCACCACCACCCUUGCCGCCAUUCCCUAUAGCAGCUCCACUUCGUAUCUCGGCUUCCAGGUCUCGGUCAUUGUCAGUCUCGCCAUCCUUGGCAUCAUGAUGCUCUCCUCAUUCUGGCUCCUCUUCCGGCCGCACUCCAUCCUCCCGCGCGCCCCAACCAGCAUCGCGGCUAUCAUGACGUAUCUAGACGGUUCUUCACUCGUUGCUGCUCUGCGUGGAUUUGUAUCGACGUGUGAUUCGGGGUCCGGGGCCCGGGGUUCUCGAGCCACAGAAGAGCCAUUUCGGGAUUCUGCGGCCUUGUAUGCCAUGCAACCUAUAAUCGACGGCCCAGGCAUCACCAGGCUGGUUGUGGACAAGGUCAACAAUGGUCUCGGUAACAGUAGGAAUUGAGAGGUAGCUGCACUGUUACCGUGAUGACGGACCCAUGGAGGAUGCUUGCUUCACCACUUACAAGAUACUGCUUGGCGCUGGGAGAAAAAAAAAAGUACAAUCAUCGACACAUGGGUCGAUCGCUCAAUUAUUAAAUAGUCCAUUUUUACCCCAAUUCUCAAUGGGAAUCUCGUGUCAAACAUCAUGAACAGGAUGAAUCAAAGCAGGCCAUCAGGCUCUGUCCACCACCUUUA